GACUGUAAGAUUUAAAACUAGGGAAUAGGAAAUCACGAAUGCCAUCCCAGGGGAACAAGAAGAAACAGGGCUGUUGUCACUCACAGCUUUUUUCACUUUCCUUAGCUCCACCUGCUCCCCAAGGUAUUGCCCUUCCCCAAGAUGGAGCUCCAGGAAAGCAGGUCCUGGCAGUCCCUCUAGAGAUGCAGGAGGCCAAGGAUUCAGUAUCAUUUGAUAUUGUACCGUGGCACCUCACAGAACAGGAGUGGCUGGGUCUGAGUCUGAGCCCAGAGCAGCAGGCACUGGCAUAUUCCAGGGCUGUAACCUCUAUUGGAGUUCCUGUUGUGAGUCCUGCUUUGGUAUCUCACCCUUCACAAGGACAAGUUCUGUUGGUAUCAGAUCCAUCCCUUAGCACAGAUCACACUAAGGACCCUGAAAAUACCUCUGUGACCCACCACCAGAAGAUGAGUGAAGAAGCCCAGCAGCAAGAGAUGGCGUCCACGAGCUCCCCGAGGGCCAAUGACCCCAGCGCUGAGGUCAAACAGAAUGGGGACUCUGGGGGAAGGGGAGGGAGCCCACAAAAUCAGCCCAUAGAACACCAUUUUGCAUGUAAAGAGUGUGGGGACACCUUCCGCCUUAAAGUGCUCCUUGUUCAGCAUCAGAGGGUUCACAGUGAGGAGAAGGGCUGGGAAUGUGGCGAUUGUGGGAAGGUCUUCAGGGGGGUGUCAGAAUUUAAUGAGCACAGGAAGAGCCACGCAGCUGUGGCUACUCAGCCCUGGCGUGGCCCCAGUUGGGCUCUGGAAGAUGCUUUGGAAAAGAGGGAGCAAAUGGAGAGGGAGGCGAAGCCCUUUGAGUGUGAGGAGUGCGGGAAAAGGUUUAAGAAGAACUCAGGCCUUAGUCAGCACCUAAGGGUGCACAGCAAAGAGAAGCCCUUUGCUUGUGAGGAGUGUGGGCAGUCCUUCAAAGCCAACACCCACCUCUUUCGACAUCAGAAGCUUCACACUUCGGAAAAGCCCUUUGCGUGCAAGGCGUGCAGCCGGGAUUUCCUGGACCGCCAGGAACUUCUCAAGCACCAGAGGAUGCACACAGGCCACCUGCCCUUCGACUGCGACGACUGCGGCAAGUCCUUCCGUGGUGUCAACGGCUUGGCAGAGCACCAGCGCAUCCACAGCGGCGCUAAACCCUACGCCUGUCCUCACUGCGGCAAGCUGUUCCGGAGGAGCUCAGAGCUCACCAAGCACCGGAGGAUCCACACUGGUGAGAAGCCCUAUGAGUGCAGCCAGUGUGGCAAGGCCUUCAGCCAGAGCUCCAGCCUGCUGGAGCAUGCACGAAUCCACAGUGGUGAGAGGCCUUACGCAUGUGGUGAGUGCAGCAAGGCAUUCCGGGGGCCUUCUGACCUCAUCAAGCACCGGCGCAUCCACAGUGGACUGAAGCCCUAUGAGUGCGACAAGUGUGGCAAGGCCUUCCGGAGGAGCUCAGGCCUGAGUCGCCAUAGGCGGAUCCACAGUGGGGCCAGGCGCUGUGAGUGCAGUGAGUGUGGUCGUGUGUUCAAGAGGCGUUCAGCACUGCAGAAGCACCAGCCCUCCCACGUAGAGUAGACACUGCCCUGGGACCUAUAGCAGAGGUCCACAGAGGCAUUGGCCCCGUCAAAGGAGAUGAACAAUUUUGUAGCAAUUAUCUAUUUUAUUGUGUGAGAGGUUGAAAUGAUUUGUACUGCCACCAGCAAUUUAUAAAUGUUCAUGUUUCCCACUACACCUACUGAGGGUAACUGUUAUCAUUUUAACAUAGCUUGGCUACCUUCCCCAGCAGAAAGUACUGUCAAGGUAUUUUAAUCUUCACAUCUAGAAUGAGAAGAAAAAUCUGCAUGCAAGGGUCUAGUAGGGAGCUGGGAGGUCCUUUUG